CAAAGAAAAAUGGCGGGAUCUCAUUCUCAUUCUCUGGCACUGAUAGCAGCAAGCGAACAGACGCCGGAGAAGAAGUUGGCGAUCGGCGGCGGUGGAGAGCGGUGGGAGGUGGAAUUCUCUCGUUUCUUCAACUACCCUCCGAUGACCUCCACUUGGCCUGACCUCGUCCCUCUCCCUUCAAAAGUCAGAAACCGUCGUCCAUCUGGUACCUGGAUCUCUUCCUCUUCACAUGUUCUGUUACAACUCCUCCCUCACCCUUCCAACUCCGACGACGUCGUUCUCCGUGUCUACUUCAGAGACAGUAUUCUGGAAGAGCACUACGUUUCCAAGUUGCACUUCUCCUGGCCUCAGGUGUCAUGCCUUUCCGGUUUUCCUGCAAGGGGUACCAGAGCUGUAUUUGCCAGCUACAGAGAUGGGGUAGGUGAGGUUCAGAAGUUUGCUUUGCGAUUUUCAACAAUUUAUGAGACCGAAAGAUUCGUGAGUGCUUUGAAGGAGAUCUUUAAGGUUGAAAGAGAUACUGGACUUGUCACUUGUGGGUUUGGAUCUGAAAUUUCAUCACAAUCUGAGUUCAUAUCUUCAAAUACAACUCUCUAUAGGGCUAAUGAGGAUUUUAAUGUCACGAAUCCUGCUGAGACUUAUACUCCUGAAUUUCCACCUAGCUCAAACAAUUUAGCUGAACAGUAUUCAUGUACCAAGGAUACUGUGCCUCCUUGUAACUUUGAUGUCCUUUUUUCAGCCUUGCCUCCCAGCUUCACCUCAUUGAUGGAAAACUGCUCCUCUGAUGUUGAACAAACAGCAGCCCAACCAAUCUUGUCUCAGCCUCAGGAAGUCAACAUCAAAUCACAAAUAGUGAGAUAUAUGGAAGAUUCUACCUUCCAAGAUAUGUUGGUAAAAGUGGAGAAAGUUCUUCAGGAAAUGGGAGGUGAUUUGGUGCUAUAAUUGUUUGUUUGGUCAUAUUUUGGUUAUCAAGCAGUUUGUCUGCAUUUCUGCAUUUGUUCCCCAGCUAUGAGCUGGUUGUCAUCACAUACAGCCAAAACAUGUUCAUCCUAUCAUGGCAGUACUCAAGUUGUGAAUACGACAAAACUUUUUAGCUAAAUAACAUAUCAGCAUAGCGAUGCCUCUCAAACUUAGUCUGCAAAA